UUCGUAUCAGGGACGCUUCGCCCUAAACCCUCUCCCAAGUGCUUCCUCGCCUUUCAACCUUCCAACGCCUAUGGUAAAACUAACCUCUCCGCUUCUCUCCGAUCGCUUCGCUCCAUCAAGCCUAAAACCUCUUUGCGUUGAGAGGAUCAGCGAUCGUUAUCGAAGUGUCUUGUAAGGGCGCGUUUGGUGGGACUUGACUUGUUUUGAGUAGCGGAAAGUUGGUAAAUACAAAGUUUGAUUGCCGGUGGAAGAGUGGAAAUGAGAUGCUAAUGUGUUUGACUUUUUAUUUAAUUGAUAUUUUCAUUUCGAGAAUUUGCAUGCGGUUGGUUUUAUUCAAACCUUGUUGGAAUAACGCUUCAUUGCGGAAUUUGUGGUUUACAGUUUUUGUUUGAGUUGUCGGUUGUGUUACUGUGAACUCGGGAUGCUCCCAAACAGAUAGGAUUAAAUGUUCACAAAAAUUAAAUUGAAGAUGAAGUAAUUUGAAAUGAACUGAACGUCUGAAGAUGCAUGAUCAAAUGCUCCCAAACAGAUGGGAAUGGAAGUCCAGCUAAGAGGACAGUACUUCAUGAUCUUUAUGAGAAAGAAGGGCAGAGUCCAUGGUAUGAUAAUCUCUGCAGACCUGUUACAGAUCUGCUUCCUCUUAUAGCGAGUGGUGUCAGAGGUGUUACUAGCAACCCUGCGAUCUUUCAGAAAGCUAUCUCAUCAUCAAAUGCUUACAAUGAACAGUUCAGGGAGCUUGUGCAAGCAGGGAAAGACAUUGAAAGUGCUUAUUGGGAACUUGUAGUGAAGGAUAUCCAAGAUGCAUGCAAACUAUUUGAACCAAUCUAUGAUCAAACAGAUGGUGGUGAUGGCUAUGUUUCUGUGGAAGUAUCUCCCAGGCUUGCUGAUGAUACUGAGGGAACCAUAGAAGCUGCAAAAUGGCUUUAUAAAGUGGUUGAUCGUCCCAAUGUGUAUAUUAAGAUUCCAGCUACAGAGGCAUGUGUGCCUUCAAUUAAGGAAGUUAUUGCUAAUGGGAUAAGUGUGAAUGUGACGUUGAUAUUCUCUCUUGCACGAUAUGAAGCUGUAAUUGAUGCUUACUUGGAUGGUCUUGAGGCAUCUGGGUUAAAUGACCUCUCUAGAGUCACAAGUGUUGCCUCUUUCUUUGUCAGUCGAGUGGACACUCUCAUUGACAAGACCCUUGAGAAAAUUGGCACCCCAGAGGCCCUUAAUAUACGAGGGAAGGCAGCUGUAGCCCAAGCAGCAUUGGCUUACCAGCUCUACCAGAGGAAAUUUUCUGGUCCAAGGUGGGAAGCUCUAGUUAAAAAAGGGGCCAAGAAGCAAAGGCUCCUCUGGGCCUCAACCAGUGUCAAGAAUCCUGCCUAUCCUGACACCUUAUAUGUUGCUCCACUUAUUGGACCUGACACUGUAUCAACCAUGCCAGACCAAGCCCUUCAAGCAUUCAUUGAUCAUGGUACUGUAUCCAGGACAAUUGACUCAAAUGCAUCUGAAGCUGAAGGAGUAUACAACGCUCUCCAGAAAUUGGGUAUUGAUUGGAGCUUUGUUGGUUCCCAGCUUGAACUUGAAGGAGUGGACUCGUUUAAGAAGAGCUUUGACAGCCUCCUGGAUUCCCUGCAAGAGAAGGCAAACUCUCUUAAGUUGGUUAGCCACUAAAGUGUGAACGUCAUGGUUAGUAAUCCUCUGUAUGAUGCCAUUUCUGGAUUAAUAAAAGGCAGUGGCUGUGCAUUUUGUGCUGCUGUAUAUGUGCUUCAUGGAGUCAUUUAGACGUAGUGAUACAAUGGAAAAUGGAAAUUGUAAGCUUUGAGUAAAGCGUUUUGUUUCUUCCCAGUAUACAGUGGUUGUGCGGUUUUAUUCGUUUGUGUUUGUCAUGUCA